UCUAUCUUUGCAUAUUUUUCCAAAUCCAUCUCUCUCUCUCUUUCUUUCUCUGUACUCUAUACAAGAAGAGAGAUACAGAUAACUUUGGGCGCUCUUGGAUUGCUUAUUCCUCCAUUUUCUUUCACAGUACGCAUUCUCCUUUUUCAAAGAAUCCGUUCACAUAUCAUUUCUCUCUUGCUGGGUUUCUUUAUUUGAUUUGGGUAUCCUUCUCUUUUUGCCCUCUUUCGGCCGCUAAAGAUUGCCUCUUUCUUCUUCAUGGAUUUGGGUUCUUCUUGGGACAUACAUGGGCUAACUUGGGCAUUUCAUGGGAGGUAUAGAGGAAAGUGAGCGACCCCUGAAGCGUGUGAAAGUGCCCUCUGGAGGAUCGAACAGUUUAUCUGCGAACUUGUCUCUUACAGAGCCAAGAGAGCCCGCCUCAGGUUUCUCUUUGAGGGACUCAAUGGCGUGGUCUCCGUCCUCCCAGGGAGACAGAGAUGCAAUUGGUUCAAAAGGCAUAAUCAAAAGACCUGAAUUCAUCAAAAUCAUAACCAGGGCGUUGUAUUCUCUUGGUUAUUCUCGAAGUGGGGACCUUCUGCAAAAAGAAUCUGGAAUAUCCUUGCACUCAACUGUUGUGGAUUUGUUUAGGCAGCAAGUGGUUGAUGGGAAAUGGGAUGAGAGUGUGGACACAUUGCAUAGGAUUGGGCUUUCAGACGAAUACAUUGUAAAAUCAGCAUCCUUCAUGAUAUUGGAACAGAAGUUCCUUGAACUUCUAAAAAAGGAAAAAAUCAAGGAUGCUCUAUAUACACUAAGGAAUGAGAUUGUGCCCCUUAGCAUCAAUGUCAGUCGUGUCCAUGAGCUUGCUGCCUACAUUAUCUUUCCUUCAUCGGGUGCUGUCAGUGGGCCAUCAAGUCAAGAUGCUGCAGGUUCUAAGUCACAGUCUGCAAUUCUGGAGAAAUUGCAGAAGUUGUUUCCUGCAGCAAUCAUGAUACCUGAAAAAAGAUUAGAACAAUUAGUUGAACAGGCCCUUGAUGUUCAGCGAGAUGCAUGUGCUUAUCAUAACACUUUGGAUAGUGAACUCUCCUUGUACUCUGAUCACCAUUGUGGAACAAACCACAUUCCUUCUCAAACAUUGCAGGUGCUGCAAGCACAUUGUGAUGAAGUUUGGUUUUUGCAAUUUUCACAUAAUGGGAAAUAUUUAGCCUCAUCAUCCAAAGAUCGAUUAGCAAUUAUAUGGGAGGUGAAAGAUGAUGGUGAAGUGUCAUUGAAGCAUAAACUAACUGGUCACCAGAGAGAAGUGUCCAUUGUUUCAUGGAGCCCUGAUGACCAGCAACUCCUCACAUGUGGGGUGGAGGAAAGUAUCAGACGCUGGGAUGUCAAUUCUGGUGAAUGCCUCCACAUUUAUGAAAAGGCUGGUGUUGGCUUAAUUUCCUGUGGAUGGUUUCCUGGUGGUAAAGGGGUAUUUUCUGGCAUGACUGACAAGAGCAUCUGUUUAUGGGAUUUGGAUGGUAGAGAGUUGGAAUGUUGGAAGGGGCAGCGGACACUCAAAAUUUCAGAUAUAGCCAUAACUGAUGAUGGGAAGAGAAUCAUAACCAUGUGUAGAGAAAAUGCAAUUCUUUUGCUUGACAGGGAGGCUAAAUGUGAGAGACUGAUUAGGGAGAACCAAAUGAUCACUUCAUUCUCUCUAUCUAAGGACAACAAGUUCUUGCUGGUUAAUCUUUUAAACCAAGAAAUCCAUCUUUGGCGCUUAGGAGGUGAUCCUGAUGUUGUUUCCAGGUACAGGGGUCAUAAGCGGACUCGAUUUCUCAUUAGAUCUUGUUUUGGAGGACUUGAGCAAGCAUUUAUCGCUAGUGGGAGUGAGGACUCAAAGGUGUAUGUAUGGCACAGAGACACUCCAGAGCCUUUAUUUGCUCUGCCUGGGCAUUCUGGAGCAGUUAAUUGUGUGAGCUGGAGUCCAACAAAUCCUCACAUGUUGGCGUCUGGGAGUGAUGACUACACGAUACGAAUAUGGGGUUUAGACCAAGUUAAGCUCAAGAACAGGGACAAUCAAAGGAAUGGCAUCAACCACCACUCAAAAGGGAAAACCUGAAACCAUCACCUGACUGCUGAAACAUUCCUCCAAAUCAUGGUGGGGAUAGUAACCUUCUUUUCUUUCUUCUCUUUCAAGUUCAUCAACAGCUGGUGUAAAUUCUCCUUUCUUUUUAACUUUGUCUUGUUGGGAUGGAAAGCAGGCAAAAGCAUUUCAAUUACGGGGCUGCUGCUAUCUGCCAAUGAGCUUUAUACAACUUGAUCACCAUUGUCUUUUCAUUGCUGCUCUUCAUUUGAUUUCACUAUAGAAUUUGUGCUAGUUGAAACCCA